UUGGAGAUUCCUUGGCAGGGAUACUAAAUGUUGAUUUAAACAUUUUUUUGAAAAGCGCGCCACGGUCAAUUUAAAAAUGGCGAACGGUGUCCGAAUCGGGUCCAAAAACUCGAGGGACUCUAGGGCGAUCGGACGCGGGACGGACCCGCCAUUUUCCCAGAGCGAAGAGUCUCUAGAGAAACACCGCUCUUCGUCACGUUUACUUUUACUCCUGUCAUGGCUCCAGUGUUUACAUGCGGAACGUCAGAUCCAGUCAGAUCGAUACCGUGUUCACACGCACGAGUAGGUCCGACCGACGGGCUUCCGACGGUGCGUGAAAGUGCUCGCACACGUGUCUGAUCAACAGACGUGCCACGGUGCGAUUAAUAGACGUGCCGUUGACGGGGGGAGAAAAAAAAGAGGAGAAGGAGAGACCGAGCGAGAGAGCGGGGGAAGGAGGCGACGCCGGCAAGGCGAUGGUCCGCUCGUAGCUCCCGUACCGACGACGCGCGAGUCGAGUGUUCGGAGUAGCAGAGAAAAUACCAGCCGUCUCGAGGAUAGAUUCCCGCGCGCAGCUGGGUCUAUGGGACACAACGUCGCCAGCCGGGAGAUGAUACGCACGAGGGAGGAGAGACUGAGCUUCGACGAGGAUCAGCACGCGAUCAUGAACAACAUGGUAGACGCGCGGGCCUGUUACAAGCCCAGCGGCAAAUCGUGGUUCCGCGGCGUUCGGAGCAGCAAGUUUCGGCACGUUUACGGCGUGCCAGCCAAGAGGGAGAAAUGCUACGACAACAUCAAGAUCACGAAGAACGCCCACGAUUCGCAAUUCUGCGCCGUGAAUCCGAAGUUCCUGGCCGUCGUGACGGAGGUUGCGGGUGGCGGAGCGUUCCUCGUGUUAUCGUUGGAUCGUACCGGUCGCCUCGACUUCAACGCCAGCCGAGUAACUGGACACACCGGUCCCGUUUUGGACAUCAAGUGGAAUCCGUUCAACGACAACAUCAUCGCGUCCUGUUCCGAUGAUUGCACUAUAAAACUGUGGCACAUACCCGAUGGCGGAUUGUCGAGGAACCUGACCGAGUGGCUAGUGGAGUUGCAAGGGCACAAACGACGCGUCGCUUAUAUCGAAUGGCAUCCGGUAGCGGAGAAUGUGCUCUUCAGCGCCGGCUUUGAUCAUCUCGUCAUUGUGUGGGACGUGAAUAGAUGCGAGGCGGUGAGCGUCAUCGACAGGCAUCCCGAUGUGAUUUACAGCAUGUCCCUAAACCGCGACGGCAGCUUAUUGGCGACCACUUGCAAGGAUAAGAAAUUGCGCGUUUUCGAGCCGAGGUCCAGUAUCGUAGUUUCGGAAGGGGUAUGUCACGCCGGCACGAAAGCGAGCAAGGUGGUAUUCCUUGGCAGUUCCGGACGUCUUUUGACUACUGGAUUUAGCAGACAUUCGGACCGACAAUACGCGAUAUGGAGUCAGCAUGACCUAAAUGUCCCUUUGACGUGCGAGACGAUAGAUUCGUCCAGCGGAGUGGUUUUUCCAUUUUACGAUAACGAUACCAAUAUGGUGUUCUUAGCCGGGAAGGGCGACGGUAACAUUCGGUAUUACGAAGUGGUUAACGAAGCACCCUGGCUGCAUUAUCUCAGUCAAUUUAUAUCUGGAAAUCCUCAGAGAGGAUUGGGAGUGAUGCCGAAGAGGGGCAUUAGUACCUCUUUGUGUGAAGUAUUCAGAUUUUACAAGUUACACGCGACUCGUGGAAUGUGCGAGCCAAUCUCGAUGAUAGUGCCACGAAAGAGUGAUCAAUUCCAAGAAGAUUUGUACCCCGAUACAAUUGGAACGUGUCCCGCGUUGUCGGCUAGAGACUGGAUCAGCGGCAUGAACAGCCCGCCAAUCUUGAUCUCUCUCAAAACAGGUGGGAGCAUCUCUACGCAUAAGCCACGAGUAUACAAGCCACCGCAACUGCCUGCGACCACCGAUCUAAAUAACAAGAAGAAAUUUGCGUUCUUGUCUACGGAAACGAUACCGGAUUACAGACCGGUGGAAUUGCACGAUAUGUCGGAAAAGAGUCAAAAGACAUCCAGCAAUCAAAGCACAAAAUUUCAGCAACUUCAGCAGAAAUUUGGAAAUGUUGCUAUACAGAAUAUUAUAUCGUCUUCGCUUAAUGACAAUAAAGUUAUGGAGACUGUGGACGUUCCAAACAAUGAAGCGGAACUUCGUUUGGCAUUUGCUCGUCAAACCGACGAAUUGAGACUGGUGCGACGGCAGCUCGCUAAUAGUCAGCUGCGCGUUAAAGAAUUAGAGGACCAAAUACGAAAAUUGCAGCGUCAAUAAAAUUUACAAGCUCGCUUCAACAUCGCUUUUGAAUAAGACUCUUGCAGCUUUACUCUGCUAUACGUGAUUCAAUCAAUACUUAAAGUUUGAUUAGAGUAUUUACGCACCGCUAAUAAUGAUAAAGAGCCUAAGCUUACAAGAACUUUGUACUAACACGCUUAGGAGUCUAGCUUCGUCAUAUAUUCAUACACAAAGAAAUAUUCGCACAGAAAAAUUUUUACGAACUUUUUUUGGGAUAUCUACAAUUUUUAUGUAGGACAAAAUUGUCGCGUUGAUCACGAGGGAACAGAAAAAGUAGGCUGCAUUUGUUACAUGAAAAUUGUACCUGUUCACGCACACAUUUAGAUGUGUAAGUCGAAUAUUAAGAAGUUAAGAGAAGCACAAUACCUUUAGACAAAUGGCAGCGUAAAGGUAAUUCAUGAUGUGUUAUAAGUUGAAUAAUGUAUUUUACUUUUUUGAAACGAUAUUAUGUUAGUACUAGUCUGUUAAUUGUUUAUUUUUUUCUAUUAAUGUUCGCAACUCGCUUAUUAGUUACUUGACAAUUAACUGAUAUAUUAUUUAAUAUAUUGCUCCAUUAUUAAAGAUACAGAUCUUUUGAAAGACAGUAUUUCUUUGCAUAUUAUCAUGUAGAUUAUUGUUUCUAUUUGUAUUACAAAUUUAUCUCUGCAACGCGUAAAAUGAAUUUUGUUGCCGAUUUAUUAUAUGCUCUAAAAGUCGAUAUGUCGUAUAUGUACGAGUGGACUAGCGUAUUCAUAUAUUGAGCAUUUUGCUAUCGCAUAUAUUUUUCACUGCCAUCCACUGCCACUCCGUGAUGUUGAUGGCAAUAAGAUCUCUAAAUCUAUGAAUGCAGUGAUAAUACCUAAUAAAUGUCGUGAUUAGUCAAAAGAAAAUUAGCAUAAAAUUUCUUUUUAUACGAUAAAUGCACAGUGUAAUGUACGUGCGACUAACGAGAUCGUUGAACAAUGUACAAUCGAUGAUGUGACAGUAAAUGGACCUUAUAUUUUUAAGAAACGUUUAACGCGAUUCAAUGUCGAUUUAAUUCACCUGAGCUAACUUAAAGGGAAUACGAUAGCAAAUGUAUUAGGACACUUAUUUUUAGCAUUAGCCUCGUAGCUCUCGUAGUUUCUGAGAAUCAUACAGAAUUAUAUUUCUGCUUUGAUAACAAUAAUCAAGUCGUAUAAUGAUUUAUAUAGUAUAUACAUAUACGUUUAUAUGCGUAUUUUUCAUACAACUGUGCAAUUGUAUACCGUGGUAUAAAUAUAGUACCUGGAUGCUACAUCUCACAUAUCGCCUGUGAGUAUGAAAUUUCAUUGUCCACAAAAUGUAAUAAGGAUAAAACACUGAUACAGCAACAUGUGACGUAGCAUUCCCUAGUCUUUCUUCACUAGUUCUUUACUUUGUAAUCGUUAUUAGCUUUAAUUACCCGUAAAUGAGAUAUUUCAUUGAGACCCUCUUUUAGAUGUACCAACUUCUUCGAGAGCAUGAAGUUACAUAUGCUGUAUUAGGCAUUUUAUAGGCAGUAAAAUAUUGCAAGAUAGUUUGUAGCUAUAUUUUCGAUAUUCAUAUUGGAAGCAAUUUCUAUGACAUUUGUAAGAUGAUUCGUUUUCGUGAUAGACGUAAUGUAACGAAAUUUAUAAAUUUCGCUACGAAUUAUAAAUUUACUCCUGAUGUAGUAUCGUGACGCAAUAUGCCUGUAUCGUGAUUUAUAUGUAAUAUUUAUACAUGUCAAUUAAAUAUAUUAUUGAGACCCAA